AUGGUCGGGUGUUCUCAUAUCAAUGCUCCAGAUAAAUUAACUGUCGUUCCGCUCCCAGAGAUUCGCCCGCCAAAUGCAUCACAGGCAGUCUAUCGAGAGGAUUGCACUCAGUGUUUUGACUCCAUUGAUGAUCCAUCAGGCUUGAAUGUUUGCCUUUAUUGCUUUAACGGCGGAUGUGCUGGUAACAGAAACCAUGCCUACCUUCACAGUACACGUACAGGCCAUCCUUUGGUCCUAAACAUCAAAAGAACGCGAAAGAAGAUUCAGCGUGAUGAGCCUCCACAGAAAAUGUCGAAACUUGCAAUUGCUGCAGAGACAGAGGAAGACCGUUAUGAUACUACAACAAGGGUUCUGUGUUACUCAUGUCGAGAAGACAACAUUGAUAAGUCCAUGGGCAAGCUACCUGUGGUAAUUGAUGGAGUUAUGAAGGCUCUGACCUUCUCUAAGCGCGAAGAAAUCAAAGCAUGGGAACAGGAGUUUGUGCCAUGUGAGCAUACUUUGUGCUUGACACAGCAGGACCGCAAAGAAAUUGUGCCUUCAGAGUGCGGCAAUAUCGGUUGUGGAAGGAGACAGUUUGGUGGUAUAGGGGGGAACUCCCAUGCCCUGGCGCAUGCUGAUUGUUCUUCCCAUAGUGUAGCAGUCAAGCUUGGCUCAAUUACAGCUGAAGGAGAAGCUGACAUAUACUGCUACAAAUGCAAUGAGGAACGAACAGAUCCAAAUCUUGCAGAGCAUCUCGCCCAUUGGGGUAUCAAUAUUGCUGAACGUGAGAAGACAGAGAAAAGUCUGAUGGAGAUGCAAAUUGAGCACAACCUAAAAUGGGAGUUCUCCAUGACUACUGAGGAUGGACACGAAUUAGAACCAAUAUUCGGUCCCGGUUUCACAGGUCUGAAAAACUUGGGCAACAGUUGCUAUCUUUCAAGUAUCAUCCAGUGCCUUUUUUCUUUGCCGGAAUUUCAGCAAAGAUACUAUCAUCCAGAUGAGGAGCCUCCACUAAGCCGCUCCCCAGCUGAGGAUUUUGAAACACAGAUGCGAAAACUUGCUGAUGGAAUAUUAUCUGGCCGAUACUCUAAGCCAGACACUGAAGUGAUAUCCACACCUGAUUCUUCUGAAGUUCCUCAUCAGAGAGGCUUAGCACCUACCAUGUUCAAGCACCUGGUAGGUCGUGGCCAUCAAGAGUUCUCAACGAUGCGGCAACAAGACGCCUUUGAAUUUUUACUACAUCUUUUCAAGCUUAUUAGCCUAUCGAGACAUCCAGAGGGCUUGGUCAACCCUGUUGACGCAUUUCGAUUCACACUCGAACAGCGACUACAGUGCAUCUCAUGCGGAAGAGUGCGUUAUAAGGUUGAUGAACAGGACAAUAUCUCUGUUCAAGUUCCUGCUCGUCGAUCAGCAGGUUCGGCAGUUUCUGGCAGCGGUUCGGAGAAAGAUGCCGUGUUAUAUGAGCGGGUGACUUUAAGAGAAUGUCUUGAUAUUUUCACAGCAGAGGAGACAGUUGAGCUGCGCUGCCCAAGCUGUGGUAAUAGCGAUGGCUUUCGCAAGCGCUCUCUCUUCAAGACUCUCCCACAGGAAUUCGUCAUCAACGCGCGACGCUUUGAAUUAAUCAAUUGGGUGCCUACCAAACUAAACAUUCCAGUUGAAGUUGAUGAUGAACAACUGGAUCUCAGCCCUUACUUGUCUUCUGGGCAGCAGCCAGGUGAAGAAUUACUGCCAGAUGAGCCUGAACAGAAGGGUGCUGGCUUCACUGCAAAUCAAGCUGCUCUCGACCAGCUUUUGAGCAUGGGAUUUCCUCAAGUGAGGUGUGAAAAGGCACUUCAAGCGACAGGGAACUCUGAUGUAGAAAGCGCAAUGAAUUGGCUCUUUGCCCAUAUGGAUGAUCCGGACAUCGAUGAGCCAAUGGCUCCUCGAGCUGAGGAAAGCUCAUUGGACCAACACGAUCCAGCGAAAAUUGCGCAGCUUAGUGAAAUGGGUAUUGACAGCAAUCGGGCUCGGCAAGCACUUGCAGCCACUGGCGGAGAUGUUAACAGGGCAUUGGACUGGGUUUUCAGCCACCCUGACAACUUGGAGGCCGAGGCCGGUGAGAGUGAGCAACUACCCAACCUCUCUAAUGUUCAGAAGCUUCCUGGUACCGACGCUAUUCCAGCGAAAUACCAGCUCCAAUCGAUCGUUUGUCAUAAAGGGUCUUCCGUCCAUGCUGGCCAUUAUGUUGCCUUCACGCGUAAAACUGUUCCUGGGGAAAGACAGCCGUCUUGGGUGCUAUUUAAUGACGAAAAGGUGGUGAAAAUAGACAAUGUGGAGGAGAUGAAGCAAUAUGCUUAUAUCUAUUUUUUCUCCCGAUUAUGA